GUGCAAAGCAGAGUAAUUCACUACUUCACUGUUUUCUUCGUCUCUCUGAGGAGAUUCACUUUUACUUCGCAGACAGACUUGUUUACCGGUGUCCAUCGGGGGAAAUAACGAAAGACUGACUGCAAAGAAUGUGAGGCAAUAUCUGUCAAGAUGGCAUCUCUUAACCAUUCCACCCUCAAAUUGCCAUCCUGCACGUACAAGGAGGACUUCAAGCGCAUCCUCCUCCCGUCCGUCUACACCCUGGUCUUUAUCUUUGGACUGCCACUCAACUUCAUCAUCAUCCUGCGGAUCUGGGGUUCCCGGCGUGCUCUGACACGGACCAAAAUCUACAUGUUGAAUCUAGCGGUGGCGGACUUCCUGUACGUCUGUUCCCUUCCGCUUCUCAUAUACAACUACGCCAGCAAAGACUACUGGCCGUUUGGCGACUUCACCUGCCGUCUGGUUCGCUUCCAGUUCUACAGCAACCUGCACGGAAGCAUCUUCUUCCUCACCUGCAUCAGCUUCCAGCGCUACAUGGGCAUCUGCCAUCCGCUGACAUUGUGGCCCAGACAUGGCGGACGCAGACUGGCGUGGCUGGUCUGCGCUGGUGUUUGGGUGGCCGUCGCGGUUCUCUGCGCACCAACGUUUGAGUUUGCCGCCACCGGCAUCCAGCGCAACCGAACGGUGUGCUACGACCUCAGCACUCCAGACCGCUCAAGAGCAUACUUCCCGUACGGCAUCACUUUGACCUGUCUGGGCUUCGUUGUGCCCUUUCUAGUGAUCGUGGUGCUGUACUGCAAUAUGGCACGGGUUCUCUGGCAGACCACCGAAGCUCGAGAAGUCUCUGCCAUAGAGAAGAAAAAUAAAGCCGUGAGGAUGAUCAUCAUUGUAAUGCUUGUGUUCGCCAUCAGCUUUUUGCCGUUCCACGUGACAAAGACGCUCUACCUGCUGGUGAGGACCUUUCCCUCGGCCCCCUGCGAGCUAAGGAACCUGCUGUCUGUGAUCUACAAAAGCACCAGACCCUUUGCCAGUAUGAACAGCGUUCUGGACCCCAUUCUGUUCUACUUCACCCAACCGCAAUACAGACGCAGCACCAGGAGUCUGCUGCUCAAGAUCACCUCUCUCAAAGACAAGUCUGACAAAAUCUGACUGGAGCACACCUGCUGUGGUCGAAAGUUACUGUAUGUUAAAGCAAGACACUACAGUCAAAACCAUUGUUUUGGACAUAUUUGGAGUUUUUUAAGGGUACCGCCAUCCAAAAUACACAUUUAAAGGUGCAGUAAGCAACACUGAUGAUAUUUGAAACCACCAAAACAAACACACCCCCAACCAAUAGGAUCACAUGAUAUCUUUACAGCUCCGCCCACAAGUUCACAAACAGGCAGCUAUGCAACACAGGCACCUCCCCCAUCAUUAGUGGACACGCCCCUUAAUGCUGAUUGGCUACAAGUGUGUUUUAGCGCUCUGUCCUUUCUCAGAAAUCGCUUACUUCAACUUUAAGUGUUUAUUUUAACACUUUAUGUAUUUGUUUCUACAGAUUUAAAUUACAGUACAUAUCUUUAUAGGCUGUUUUAUUAAAAAAAAAAAAAAAAAAACUCUCAUACACUGAGCCAGAAAUCUUAACUUACAUACAUCAGACAAGUUUUUUACAGAAGGGUUUGUUCCAUGGUUAAUAUAGUUAACUAUAACCGAAAUCAUUAAAAGUAACAAAUAUAUAUAUAUAUAUAUAUAUAUGUUUUUUUUUUUUUUUUU